AUGGAAACAUUGGUUCUUUCACUGCAAGAGUGCAGUUUGUAUAUGCCCAAUAACGAAAGUAGCAGCGAGACAUCAGGGUCUGAGGUGACUGUUGGCGAUAUGUCCACUCAACAUAAUGCUCUCAACCACUUUCUUGUAGUGUCGGGUAUUGACGCUAUCACACAGUCUAAAAAGACGUUUAGUGAGCUGCAGCCUUGUACACAAAACACCCAUGUUACCAAGGCAAGUGAGGCUGUUGCUGCACUACUUGAAGUUAUUGCGCCUGGCAAUGCAGGAGCUCUAUGGGAGGCCACAAAAAGAUAA